ACUUCUUCCAACUCGCGCCUUCCCCCAAUUCCCCCAAUUCCCCCUUCUCACUCUCUCUUAUUGUUUCUCACUUCUCCAAGGGGAGCCUCUGUCGGUGAUCCGCUUCUCAAGAACAAUGGCCUCUCACAUUGUUGGAUAUCCUCGCAUGGGCCCCAAGAGGGAGCUCAAGUUUGCCCUUGAAUCAUUCUGGGAUGGGAAGACCACCGCUGAAGACUUGAAGAAGGUGGCUGCAGAUCUGAGGUCCUCCAUCUGGAAACAGAUGUCUGCUGCUGGGAUCAAGUACAUCCCCAGCAACACCUUUUCAUACUACGAUCAGGUGCUCGACACCACUGCAUUGCUUGGGGCCGUUCCUCCUAGAUAUGGUUGGACUGGCGGUGAGAUUGGUUUCGAUACCUACUUCUCCAUGGCUAGAGGAAAUGCGUCUGUUCCGGCUAUGGAAAUGACCAAGUGGUUUGACACAAAUUACCACUUCAUUGUCCCCGAGUUGGGCCCAGAGGUGACCUUCUCUUAUGCUUCCCACAAGGCUGUCGAUGAAUACAAAGAAGCCAAGGCUCUUGGAGUAGACACCGUUCCAGUUCUUGUUGGCCCUGUGUCGUACUUGUUGCUCUCUAAACCUGCAAAGGGUGUCGACAAGACCUUCUCCCUUCUCUCCCUUCUUGACAAGAUCCUUCCCGUCUACAAGGAGGUUAUUUCUGACCUCAAAGCGGCAGGCGCUACUUGGAUUCAGUUUGAUGAGCCUACUCUGGUGCGGGAUCUUGACUCACACCAAUUGCAAGCCUUCUCAAAUGCAUAUGCUGGACUAGAAUCAACUCUCUCUGGCUUGAAUGUUCUUGUUGAGACAUAUUUUGCUGACGUCCCUGCUGAGGCAUACAAGACCCUUACUUCUUUGAAGGGUGUCACUGCCUAUGGGUUUGAUUUGGUUCGUGGUGAUAAGACACUUGGAUUGAUUAAGGGUGAUUUCCCCAAGGGGAAGUUCCUUUUUGCUGGAGUAGUUGAUGGAAGGAACAUUUGGGCUAAUGAUCUUGCUGCCUCAGUUAGUACAUUGGAGGAACUGGCUACCCUUGUGGGUAAAGAUAAGCUUGUCGUCUCCACCUCCUGCUCACUUCUUCACACUGCUGUGGACCUUGCCAAUGAAACCAAGUUGGACAAUGAAAUCAAAUCAUGGCUAGCUUUCGCUGCUCAAAAGAUUGUUGAAGUCAAUGCAUUGGCAAAGGCUUUGGCUGGUGCGAAGGACGAGGCAUUCUUUGGCGCUAACGCUGCAGCUCAUGCUUCAAGGAAGUCGUCCCCAAGGGUGACCAAUGAGGCUGUUCAGAAAGCGGCUGCUGCUUUGAAGGGCUCUGAUCACCGCCGUGCUACAAAUGUUAGUGCAAGACUUGAUGCUCAACAGAAGAAGCUUAAUCUUCCAAUCCUUCCAACCACCACCAUCGGUUCCUUCCCCCAAACCAUUGAACUCAGGAGGGUUCGUCGUGAAUACAAAGCUAACAAGAUCUCCGAGGAGGAAUAUGUGAAGGCUAUUAAGGAGGAAAUUAGCAAGGUUGUCAAACUCCAAGAAGAGCUGGACAUUGAUGUUCUAGUUCAUGGAGAGCCCGAGAGGAACGAUAUGGUUGAAUACUUUGGGGAGCAGCUGUCAGGUUUUGCAUUCACUGUCAAUGGUUGGGUGCAAUCAUACGGAUCCCGUUGUGUGAAACCUCCAAUCAUCUACGGUGAUGUGAGCCGCCCGAAAGCCAUGACUGUCUUCUGGUCUACUGCAGCUCAGAGCAUGACUGCCCGCCCGAUGAAGGGAAUGCUCACGGGCCCUGUCACCAUUCUCAACUGGUCGUUUGUUAGAGUUGACCAGCCAAGGUUUGAAACAUGCUACCAGAUUGCCUUGGCCAUCAAGGACGAGGUCGAGGAUCUCGAGAAGGCUGGCAUUAAUGUCAUCCAAAUCGAUGAAGCUGCUUUAAGAGAAGGAUUGCCUCUUAGGAAGUCUGAGGAAGCUUUCUACUUGGAUUGGGCAGUUCAUUCUUUCCGUAUCACAAACUGUGGUGUCAAAGACACGACUCAGAUUCACACUCACAUGUGCUACUCCAACUUCAAUGACAUCAUCCAAUCCAUCAUUGAUAUGGAUGCCGACGUGAUCACAAUUGAGAACUCCCGUUCUGACGAGAAGCUCUUGUCAGUCUUCCGUGAGGGAGUGAAGUAUGGUGCUGGAAUUGGCCCCGGUGUGUACGACAUUCACUCUCCUAGAAUACCAUCAACCGAAGAGAUUGCAGACAGGAUCAACAAGAUGCUUGCAGUGCUCGAGACCAACAUCUUAUGGGUCAAUCCCGACUGUGGUCUCAAAACUCGCAAGUACGCCGAGGUGAAUCCUGCCCUCAAGAACAUGGUUGCUGCCGCAAAGCUCCUCCGAACUCAGCUUGCCGGUGCCAAGUGAGUCUGUUGCUGAGUUUUAUGAACAUUGGUGCACAUUUUUAUCUUUCCCCCAUUCCAGAUAUCCUGAAAGAUAUGUCUGUUCCCCAGAAAUUGAGUGGCGACAUAUUUAGUAGCUUAGUUCUAUCGUCAUUUUUUAUUGAACGGAAAUCUCCUUUCGGUAUUGUUUUUUGAUUUGAGUCUGUAGCUCUGUUCAUACAAACUGCAAUUUGUAUGGAGCGAAAUUAAAAGGCAGCAUUUGCCAGUUUGUGUAAUUGUUGUCGGAUUUUGUUUUCUAAAAUCAUAUGGAUUUAAUACUACACAAUGGUUUGUGUUUCUAUCGCAA